GGGCCGGGGUAGGGAAGGAAAAAAAAUGGGGGAUGCUGCAGACGUCAAGGAGAUGAAAAAGACGUUCAUUGUCCCUGCCAUCAAACCGUUUGAUCAUUACGACUUCGCUCGAGCGAAAAUCGCCUGUAAUUUAGCGUGGCUGGUGGCCAAAGCCUUUGGGACAGAAAAUGUUCCAGAGGAGCUCCGAGAACCAUUUUAUACGGAUCAGUAUGACCAGGAACAUAUUAAACCUCCUGUUGUUAAUUUGCUGCUAUCUGCUGAACUCUACUGUCGUGCUGGGAGUCUUAUUCUCAAGAGUGAUGCUGCCAAACCACUCCUGGGUCAUGAUGCCGUUAUCCAAGCCUUGGCACAAAAAGGUCUCUAUGUUACUGACCAAGAGAAAUUGGUAACGGAGAGAGACUUGCACAAGAAACCCAUUCAGAUGAGUGCUCAUUUGGCUAUGAUUGAUACUCUGAUGAUGGCAUAUACCGUAGAAAUGAUCAGCGUGGAAAAAGUGAUUGCAUGUGUACAGCAGUAUUCCUCCUUCUUCCAAGCUACAGACCUGCCCUAUGACAUAGAAGAUGCUGUCAUGUUCUGGAUAAAUAAGGUAAAUGAACACUUAAAAGACAUCAUGGAGCAGGAGCAAAAACUGAAAGAGCAUCACACUGUAGAAACUCCAGGAGGUCAAAAGUCUCCUUCCAAAUGGUUUUGGAAACUGGUUCCUGCUCGCUAUAGGAAGGAACAAACUCUGCUUAAGCAGCUGCCCUGCAUUCCAAUGGUGGAAAACCUGCUGAAGGACGGUACAGAUGGCUGCGCUUUAAGUGCCCUGAUCCAUUUUUACUGCCCAGAUAUCGUCAGAUUGGAGGAUAUCUGUUUGAAGGAAACUAUGUCGUUAGCUGACAGCUUGUAUAAUCUGCAACUUAUGCAGGAAUUUUGUCAGGAAUAUUUGAACCGUUGUUGCCAUUUCACCCUUGAGGAUAUGCUCUACGCUGCUUCUUCAAUAAAGAGUAAUUAUUUGGUGUUCAUGGCAGAGCUGUUCUGGUGGUUUGAAGUAGUGAAGCCGUCCUUUGUCCAGCCUCGAGUUGUCGUUCAUCCUGAAGCUGAGCCUCCAAAAGAAGCAUCCUCUCUUCCUGCCACAAAUGCCAAUAGAAGAAACUACCCAGGUGAUUCACUUGAUUCUGACAUGAUACCCAGUGUGGAGGUUCCAGUAUUUGCACCGUCUCAUCAGAUCCCACAUGCUACCUGUGCUCACCAGCAGCCUUAUUCAUCUGCCUCAGGCAGCAUUAGAAGAUCUACAUCUAUGUCUUAUAUGGAUGGAUAUGUAGGGACAUGGCCCAAAGAAAAAAGAUCUUCAGUGCAUGGAGUUUCAUUUGAUAUUUCUUUUGAUAAAGAGGAUAGCAUCCAUAUGACAGCUCCAAACAGAGGAAUCACUCGAUCUCUCAGUAAUGAAGGACUUGCACAAAAUACUAAUCGUAUGCCCAGACAUAUUAGAAAGAACCUAUCCUUCAAGCCUGUAAAUGGUGAAGAGGAAAGUGAAGAUAUUGAAGAAGAAAAGGAUGUAGAAUUUUGCAGUGGUCUAGAGGCUAAUAGCAAUCAAAGGAAUGCCAACCAGGUUAGCCCAUACAGCCUACCAAAUGGAGCGCUGCAGAACAGGUUGGUUAUGGAUGAAUUUGGCAAUCAGGUUGAGACACCAAGCAUUGAGCAAGCUUUGCAGAUAAUCCAUCAUAGUGAGAAAUCUCCCAGUGUUACUCAGCCAGAGCAAUUUACAAAUGGGUUUUUCCUUCACAACAAGGAGAUGAGCAUCCUAAAUUCAAAUGUAAAACCUGACCAGGAUAGUCCGGAUAUUAUUAUAGAUACAAAAGGUGCCCUUAGUCCUGUGACAGACGAUACAGAAGUGGAUACUGGAAUACAUGUCCCUUCGGACAUUCCAGAGACUAUGGAUGAGGAUUCUACCUUGAGGGAUUAUACCGUAAGUCUGGAUUCUGAUUUGGAAGAACCAUCUCGAUUUCUGCAUGAAUAUGAUAGCAAGGGUGUCAACUAUAAGGAGCAAUUGAGUCCUUGUCCAAGCUCAAUAAGUGCCAAAUCACAAGCGGGUAGUAGUGCGUCUUCGAGUUCGGGAGUUAAAAUGACGAGCUUUGCGGAGCAGAAGUUUAAGAAGCUGAAUCAUACAGACAGCCGAAGUAGUGGAAGCAGUUCUCAGAAAACUACCCCAGAAGGUUCUGAGCUAAACAUUCCUCACGUUGUUUCUUGGGCUCAAAUCCCGGAGGAAUCCCCUCUCCCUCAGGGAAGAGACACAACGCAGUUGCUGGCCUCUGAAAUGGUGCAGCUGAAGAUGAAGCUGGAAGAGAAGAGGCGAGCCAUUGAAGCCCAGAAGAAGAAAGUUGAGGCUGCUUUCACAAAGCAGAGGCAGAAAAUGGGAAGGACAGCAUUCCUAAAUGUUGUGAAAAAGAAAACUGACGGGAUUUCACCACUUAGAGAAGAGGCAGCUGGAGCAGAGGAUGAGAAAGUGUUCACUGACAGCCAUAGGCUGAACGAAAAAGAAGCUCAGAAACCAGGCGAACAACUCAACAAGACUGCAGAGUUGAUAAAAGAAAGCUCUGAAAACACCCAGGCUAAAUGGCUGAAGUCUCCAAACACUCCAGGUGAUGCCGAGAAGCACUGUAAUUUAGUAAGUCCCUCAGAAGAAAACUUAAAUGAAGGUGACCUUUUGGAAUAUACAAAAUCUAUUGAGAAGCUCAAUUCUUCUCUAAACUUUCUGCAGCAGGAAAUGCAGCGACUGUCGCUUCAGCAAGAGAUGCUAAUGCAGAUGAGAGAGCAGCAGGCCUGGGUUAUUUCACCUCCUCAGCCUUCUCCUCAGAAACAAAUUCGGGAGCUUAAGUCUUCACUAAAGCUUAGUGGAUCCUCCUGUCCCAUUGCCCCAUUUUCAGUGGAAUCUCCUCGACCUUCCCACCAGUCCCCACAGUCAUCUUCUAGGAAGAAUUCCUCUCUCCCCAGUAAAAUCCAAAGGACUCCUAGGCCAAAUGAACUGAAAAUAACACCUUUGAAUCGCACGUUGACUGCACCCCGCUCUGUGGACAGCCUUCCUCGUUUGAGAAGAUUUUCCCCAAGCCAGGUACCCAUUCAGACUAGAUCAUUUGUUUGUUUCGGAGAUGAUGGCGAACGAAACCUUCUGAAGGAGGUCAAAAAUACAACGGAAGAGGCUGCUGAGAAAGAAGAAGCAGGUGAAAAAGAAACUGGGCAAAAAGUGGGUAAAGAACCAGUUGAGCAAAAAUCAAAGGGAGAACAGAUCAGACCUCUAGAAUCUACAGUGUCUGAAGUACUGUCACAGCCCAUUACUGAAACUGUCUGCCUUACUCCAAGUGAAGAGCUGCUGAACCCCCCAUUGUUUCCGGCACCUGCACCUAAAACUGCUAACCUCAUAGAAGUUUCCCUCACAGAUUUGAAGCCAUCAGAAAAGUCAGAAGACUCCAUUGAGAAAUCGGAGGGUGAGAGUGACAAAGAACAAUUGGAGGAUGACCAAAAAGUGUGUUGUGGAUUCUUUUUCAAGGAUGAUCAAAAGCCUGAAAAUGAUAUGGCAGUGAAACGAGCAGCGUUAUUGGAGAAGCGACUGAGAAGAGAAAGAGAAACUUUACUUCGAAAGCAGCAGUUGGAAGCAGAGUUGGAACAUAAGAAAGAAGAAACAAAGAGGAAGUCUGAGGAAGAACGGCAGAAGAAAGAAGAUGAAAGAGCGCGGCGAGAAUAUAUUAAGCAAGAAUAUAUGAGGCGGAAGCAGCUGAAACUCAUGGAAGACAUGGACAUUGUCAUAAAGCCCCGCCCCCACUCAUCCAAACAUAAGAAGCCACGUCCAAAAUCCAUACAUAGAGACCAUAUUGAGUCACCUAAAACUCCAAUCAAAGGUCCUCCAGUAUCUAGCCUUUCAUUGGCAUCACUAAACACAGGCGACAAUGACAGCGUGCAGUCAGGCAAGAGAACACCAAGGUCUGAGUCUGUGGAAGGUUUCUUAUCACCGAGUCGUUGUGGUAGUCGUAACGGGGAAAAGGAUUGGGAAAAUGCAUCGACAACUUCUUCAGUGGCUUCUGCUACAGAAUAUACAGGACCAAAGCUCUACAAAGAACCCAGUGCAAAAUCCAACAAACACAUCAUCCAAAAUGCCCUAGCUCAUUGUUGCUUGGCUGGGAAAGUAAAUGAAGGCCAGAAGAAUAAAAUAUUGGAGGAAAUGGAGAAAUCGAACGCUAACAACUUCCUAAUCCUCUUCCGGGACUCAGGCUGCCAGUUCCGAUCCUUGUAUACGUACUGCCCUGAAACUGAAGAGAUCAGUAAGUUGACUGGGAUCGGCCCCAAGUCCAUUAGCAAGAAAAUGAUUGAGGGACUGUAUAAGUACAACUCUGACAGGAAGCAGUUCAGCCACAUCCCUGCUAAAACGCUCUCUGCCAGCGUCGACGCAAUUACCAUUCACAGCCAUUUGUGGCAGAGCAAAAGACCGGUAACACCGAAAAAACUCUUGCCUGCAAAGGCAUAAUAACUUGGGAGGAUCCCUUGCUGCAAACAGUUGUGGCAAAUUUGCACUUCGUAUUUGCUGCCUAUUAGAAAAUAGGUUCCUAUUUGCCAACAAGACGUCUUUGAACUCAAAUCUGAAGAACAAGCUCUGUCGUCAUGCACAACUGGAAUGUAAACACAGUAUUGAAGAUGUAGAGAAAACUGAACACUUCGGUGAUUAGGCAUUCAUGUGCUCAUGGAAGAUUGAGUCACCAUUGGAGAUGGGUAUGCGCUUACACAGUUUAUAGGCUUCGUCUCCUCUCCAUUUUAAAACACUGAAUUAUUGAAUGUUUGCAAAUCUGUAGUGACUGAAAUUAAAGAAAAUUUACAUUUAUUGCCUUAUACUUUGGUGUGUUAUGCUUGUUUGGGAAUUUGCGUUUGCUCUUUAUAACUUUGCUGGGGAAAUUUCUGUCUUGAUUUGCCACACCGUUAAAUUUCUAGUGUCCUGCAGGUAACCAAAGGACACAUAGCUCUUUGCAAUGAAAUGGAGUUUUCCGUUCUUUUUCUGCUCUCAUUCAUUUCAAAGAGUUUUGCACAGAAAACGUUCCUGGUGGAGAAUACCCAGGACUGAAUGUGGCUAGUAUGUCUUAAACUCUGACAAGGAAAUGCCUGCCAUUUCUUGUUUUGCAAGGAAGCUUAUUUUCUUCAUCAUUGUUGUAAAGGUAUCACCAUUAUAUUUAAAAAUCCAUCAUGGCCCUGAUCCAGGGAAGCAUGAAGUGAGAUCUUUGUAUGCACUGGUCCUUUUGAGGUUUUGUUUUGUUCUUUUUCCUUUAACAGGAGUCUACCCUACAUUUCUGCCUAAACAGCUGUUUAAAUAGCAUCCCAAGAUUCAACUCGGGAGUACUACUUGGUAUAAGUGGGGAGCAGGGAAUGAAGUUAAACAACAUCACUUAAAAAUAUGCAAGCCCACACAUAUAUGUAAGGUAGAUCCUGGAAACAGGGUCCAUGUAUUGCUUCCAUUUCAAAAUCCUAAACAAAACAGUAUUAGCUGUAUUAAAACUAGAUAUUUUGUUUGAGUUCUUUUGAGAAAUUCAACAUGAAAUUUAUCUAGACAUGACUACUAUAUAAAAGCUAUUCUUAUGUGUCACCAGGAUCAUGCUAUCCAGGAUAUGGACCAAAGUAAAUUUUAUUCCGAGGCACAGAAGAGAUAGAUUUAAUUUUGUUAACAUAAAUAACUGUACUGGUUAGGAUACUGAAAUCCUGAGUGUACUGAAAUCAAGAAUGGCAAGGAUCCACAAGCUUAUGACAAUGUAAUAAUAAAAACAAUCACUAGGGCAUCUUUUUCAGUAUUUACAAAGGGCUGCACAUCUGAUUUCUUUAGAAAAGUAAGUUCUGUUCGGAAAUUGUUAUCAUUUUUUAAAGAAGCCUAUUCAAUGUAGGAAGUAUUGUUCUGGCAGGUUGAAAAAAGUUCUAACUUGAAACCUCCCCUUCUUCCUGUGAUUGCUUUUUGGGGGGGAACAUUUAUACACCAGAAGACUUAGUUAGGGAUAGGUGGGAGCUAAGUGGAACCUCAUUCUCAGGAAAAGACUUGAAUUACUGCUAAACCUGUUCCGUUUCAGUGUUGUGAGGAGUGUUGGAACUUAAAGACAGUAUUGAACUACCUGUCUGUAGUAUGUACUUUAUUAUGUGUCCUGCAAAGGAGAACUUAAAAUUCUGUACACUUCUCCUAUCAAACUGCUUCAUUUGGAGGAGGAGUAUUUCACUACAGUCUGCUUCUGUUCUUUAUAUAGAAGAUGUACAGGAAUGAGAAGUCCUUAAAUAAUUUAGAAAACAGUACUUUUUUUAAUUGUUAAAAGGCCUUAGGCAUCAAUGCAUCUGGGUUGUUUAUCAACGUUUUCUCAGAAAUGCAGUCAAUAUUUUACUGUAACUUAUGUUCUUAUAUUUAUGUAUAUUUGCUAAAACUGUACAAAAGAAUCCCCUUCCUGUUUUAAUAGGUAUGUGGCUCAAAUCUAUUUGUGGUUAGCUGACUUCUCCUGUUUGCAUGUAUAUGGACCAGGCUGUCUAACUCACCUUCUAUUUCAAGUGCAAACAUAUUGUGUAUAUUAUAUAUAUUUAAAAAAAAAUAGGAGAUAGAAGGUUUAUACAUUCUACCUUCUAAGCUUAUCCUCCCACUAAUGGCAUAGGCAAGAUUUAUAGCACACCCAUGUAAACAUACAACUAAGCUGAAACCAGCUCAAGUACAUCUAUGUUUGGGGAAAGAGCUACUUGAGCAUAAAUGGGAUAGACAAAAGGGGAAAUCGCAUGGAAGGUUUUUUCUUUAACUAAACUAUUCUUGCUUCAAAGAGAAAUGUAAUUAAAAGAUAUGUACCACCUACUGAUUCAUGCACACCUAUCUAAAGAGGAUGAUUGCUAAAAUGUGACAACAGAGGGUGUCAUUUUAAAAUAUUGAAUGUAUUACGCAUUUUGUCUACUGUUCAGAAAAAAGACAUCUGUGCAAUGUCUAAAGGUAGAAUGUGAAUAAUACAAUUAAAGGUUGAGAGUCUUGGGAUUAAAUUUUUACAGCAUACUAGGACAGUAAGGACAGAUUUUUUUCUUUCUUUUUAAGCUUGCAAAUUUUCUAAUGACAGUAUAUCUUCAUUUGAAAUCUUGUUUAGGAAAAGAAAAGCCUUUUGUGAAAAAGUCCAGUGUUUAUCAGUGACAUUAUCAGAAUACACUGGUGCUUUCAUCAGAGAAGUGUUGUUUUUAUUGUUUAUAUAACAGAAUUUGCCAAACAUCCUAAUUUCCAGGCCAGGUGUUUAAACUCUGACAGUCAUGGUGGCUACAGAAACCAUUUUUUAUGACUGUUGUUGUGUGUUUUUAAUUCUUUGGCUGUUUAAAGCCAAAUUCUGUUUAUUUAUAAUUUAAUGGGCACCGUCCGUUGAGAAAUGUACAGUGUAUUGUGUGCUUACUUGUCCACUUCUGUGGAGCGUUGCUACCCUUUUUUUUCUCUCAGAUGCUGUGCUGUAAGAUAUGGUCAUAUAGGUAUUUACCUAGUACAGUGUAGUUCUUCCCUUCCAUCUAAAUAAUAAAAAGCAU